AUGACCUUAACGCCAUAUAAGGGGAUCAGGGAUCCUAAAGUUCAUGUCACAAAAUUUGAGUCUAUGAUGUUCCUUAAUAGUGACUCCGAUCCCAUUCUAUGUCGAUCUUUUCCUACAUUUUUAGAUGGAGUUGCCUUACUAUGGUUUUCUAAUUUGCCUGUAGGGUCCAUAACCAGCUUUGACGAGUUCGCCAAGAUGUUCAUCAACCACUUUGCAGCAUCUAAAAUCUAUGCAAGAGGUUCGGAUUAUCUCAGCACAAUCAAACAAGGGCAGCACGAAAGUAUGAUGGAUUACAUGACGCGCUUCACAACGGUGGCCAUAGAAAUCCCCGACCUUAACCUAGAAGUCCAGCUGCAUGCCAUAAAAAGUGGCCUUCGACCUGGAAAAUUCCAGGAAGCUAUAGCUGUGGCGAAACUGGAGACAUUGGAGGAGUUCCGAGACAGCCACCGAAGAAAUUGA